CCCUUCUUAAGCACGGGGCUGGGUUCAUCAGAUUCCUGUUUUGCCUAUCUGCUGGUGAAUGAUAGCAACGAUGCAGAUUUUUGUGAAAACACUGACGGGUAAAACAAUUACCCUCGAGGUGGAGCCCAGUGACACUAUCGACAAUGUCAAAGCCAAAAUCCAAGACAAAGAAGGUAUCCCCCCUGAUCAGCAGCGUCUCAUCUUUGCUGGAAAGCAGCUCGAGGAUGGACGCACCUUGUCGGACUACAACAUCCAGAAGGAGUCCACCCUCCACCUUGUUCUGCGUCUGAGAGGGGGCAUCAUUGAGCCAUCCCUGAGACAGCUGGCUCAAAAGUACAACUGUGAGAAGAUGGUCUGCCGCAAGUGCUACGCUCGUUUGCAUCCGCGUGCCGUCAACUGUCGCAAGAAGAAGUGCGGACACACCAGCAACAUCAGACCCAAGAAGAAGCUGAAGUAGAAAGCUGGAGUCAGUGAUCAGUGUUGUCAAUAAAACAUUUUGACAAGA